GGGUUACAGGAUCAUAAAUGUUUGAUAAUAAUUACGAUCUUGAAAGGUCGGGGAGAAAUACACUUCUCUUCCUGUCAGAUCUUUGUCAUGGUUUUAUAUUUAUAGUUCCUCAUUUUGAUGAGGAGCAGAGCAACACAUGUUGAUGCGUGAACUCUGUAGUGUUUGAAUUAUUAGAGUAAAAUGAAGCUCGUUUUCUUUCUUCUUGUCUUCUUAGAGAACGGAAUGAAGCCAACAGCAGGACAGCUCUUUGUGCUACAUUCAUCAAGAGAGUUAAUAUUGAGAACUUAUUUCGACUCCUAUUAUGACUUGUUUGAGAAAACUUGCUGUAAAUUUCAACAAAGUUAUUGUGUUGACUUUGUGAACAACAGAGGACAAUUGGCCCCUGAGUAUGAAGGAAGAAUAUUAGUAGAAAAUUACAUUGGGGUUUUUAUUGUAAAAUUGAUCAACCUGAGCAUAACUGAUGCUGGAAAAUACAGAUGUGGUGUCAGUGGAUUCGCCUCGACCUAUGAUGACUUUGAACUUACGAUUUCUGAAUUGCAACGUUUCUUUGAAGUUAGUGGAAACAACCAGUCACCAAAAUCAUCUCUCAGGCCAAACAUCCAGGUCUCAACACUUGGUCCUCAACUUGGAUCUGAGAAACACACAGAGGAGCACAGCAGUGAAAGUGAGAACAUGGUCCCCACGCUAGCAGCUCUUUGUAGUGUUGUGGCGUUUGCUGUUAUCGUUUCAAUUACAUUGCUUGUGUUUCAUCUGAAGAAAUCCAGAGAGAAAAGUGGAACUUGUGGUUUUUGUGACAAUACCCCGCAGCAGAGUUCACAGGAGCAGGACGGAACCAUCUACUCCUCAGUGUUGUUCAAGUCAUAUGAGGAUCUAUCUGAACUUUAUGUCAAUUUACAGGCACACAGACCAAAACACACUGUUCCUUCCUCCGCCUGUGUAAUAUCAACAGGGGAAAGUGUCGAAUAUUCCACUGUUUUAAGAGCACCAACAUAAACUUUAUUUUAUUAUUUAAACACAGCUAUUAGGGAUACUAAUAUUUUACUCUUAAAGGUUUCAUUGUGAAAAAUGACCAGAUGAGUUUUAUUCUGUGUAAAUUAUGCGUUAUUAUUAUUUCGAUAAUUUUACUUUGAAAAUGUUACUUUGUGUCAUUAAUUACAAAGUUACGUUUUUAGGUUUUUUGAGACAAAAGACAUAAAAACACACAGGAACACAAAAAUUGUUA